UGUCACCUGAUAAUGAAGAGGGAAGGGUAUGCUAAUGUUUACAACCGUCGGGCUGUCAAUAAUUUGAUCGUAACAACGGAUUGAUUUUGUCUCUAAUCUCAGUGUGUUUGUGGAGACGAGGGACUGAUGGUGCCAACUAAAUGACUCCUUCUCACACUCAGUGGCAGGUUCUUGUUUGCUGUGAACUCCCCUGCUUGGUGUUGGCUGUGCACAGUGACACUGAGCUGUCAUCCAGAAACACCACAGUGUCCUGAUGGAAUGGGUAUUCAUCAUGAACCGGAUGAGCUCUCAGGGUAGCUCUGCAGCCCAGCGGAGGCGGAUGGCCCUGGGGGUGGUGAUACUCCUACUGGUGGACGUCAUCUGGGUAGCCUCCUCUGAGCUAACUUCGUACAUUUUCAAACGACAGGAGUACAACAAACCCUUCUUCAGCACAUUCACCAAGACCUCCAUGUUCGUGCUGUAUUUGCUGGGUUUCCUGCUGUGGCGGCCUUGGAGGCAGCAGUGCACUGGCUCGCUGAAACGUCGCCACUCUGCGUUUUUUGCUGAUGCGGAGGCCUACUUUGCACCAUGCACCACUGACACUACUGUUAACAACCGUUUGAGUGAACCACUGUAUGUGCCUGUGAAGUUCCAGGAUGUACCUGCUGAACACUCAAAUUAUUUGACUGGAGAUUUUCAAACUUCAGCUUCCAAAAAGCAGCGGGUGCGUUUUAGUAAUAUCAUGGAGGUGCGUCAGCUGCCCUCUACUCAAGCUCUGGAGGCCAAGCUGUCCCGCAUGUCCUACCCUGCUGCCAAGGACCAUGAAGCCAUGCUGCACACAGUGGGCAAGCUAACCAUCACUGAUGUGGCCAAAAUCAGCUUCUUCUUCUGCUUUGUGUGGUUCCUCGCUAACCUGUCCUACCAGGAAGCCCUGUCUGACAUGCAGGUUGCAGUUGUCAACAUUUUGUCAUCCACCUCAGGCCUGUUUACGCUUAUCUUGGCAGCCAUAUUUCCCAGCAAUAGCAGCGACCGUUUCACCUUGUCCAAACUGCUAGCUGUGGCUCUAAGCAUGGGAGGUGUGACGCUGGUAAGUUUCUCCAGCAUGGACAGCCCUGAUGAGAAAGGUGUUAUAGGUUCCUUGUGGUCACUGGCUGGGGCGAUACUUUACGCUGUCUACAUCGUAAUGAUCAAGAGACGAGUGGAUCGGGAGGAUAAGCUCGACAUUCCCAUGUUCUUUGGGUUUGUGGGUCUGUUCAACCUGCUGCUGCUGUGGCCGGGCUUCCUCCUGCUUCACUACACAGGCUUUGAGGCCUUCGAACUCCCCAGCCAGCUGGUGUGGACAUACAUCCUCAUCAAUGGUCUCAUCGGCACCGUUCUCUCAGAGUUUCUCUGGCUCUGGGGCUGUUUCCUCACAUCAUCUCUAAUUGGAACUCUAUCAUUGAGCCUCACCAUCCCGCUCUCUAUCAUGGCAGACAUUUGUAUGCAGAAGGUACGUUUUUCUUGGCUGUUUUUUGCGGGCGCGAUCCCCGUCUUCCUCUCCUUCAUCAUUGUCACGGUCUUAUGCCACUACAACAACUGGGACCCUGUUCUGGUGGGGCUGAGGAGAGUAUAUGCCUUCAUUUGCAGGAAACAUCGCAUCCAGAGACUGCCAGAAGACAGCGAGCUGUGUGAAAGCCUUAUUCCUCUACACACCAUCUCACCCAAUGAAGGAAGUGUCUUUUCGUGAUCCAACCGUCAAACACAAAGUGGCGAUGGUGGAUCUCGCCGAGUUGACAAUCUGGAAGCUUUUAGAGACAUUGAACUACCCCAGUGCCUCCUAUUGAAACUAUUUAUUUUCUACAGUGUUGAGACGGCCCAGCCAAUUCUACAAUCUCUUUUUUGAUGUUCACAUAUCAGCCAUCACGGACUGAGACUCUGAUUUCUCCUUUUUAAUAUUUUCUGUGUGAAAAGAAAACUCUAUGGUACUCAAGGUGCUGGACAUGAUCAGUAAUUACUGUAGUGUCAUGUGACCAAAUGAAAUGGUAAAUGUUGAACUUGAUCUUAACACUAACAGAAGUGGAGCAGCAGUGUGUGCGUGUGUGUGUGUGUGCGCGUGCUUGUGUGUGCGCGUGUGUGUUUGUUUGAAAACCUUGAAAAAAGCUCCCAUCACUACAAUGUAGCCUAUUUGUACUGGACUUUGUAUAUUAGUCCCUUUUUGAUACUUGCUGCUUGUUUGGAAGUUUAUGUUUGGAGCAGAUGUAAUGCAUUUCACAGGGCAAUUUAAUGUAUGGCCAUUUGCACACUCACAGUUCAAACCCAGCCUUUCCUGAUGGUGUUAGAAUCCCCAAGGCAGCAUAUUAGUGAAGCGCCUCCUUGAAGUGUAUACUGUACUGCAGCACAGUCUCCAGUUUCAGCACCUGGAUGUGCAGAAAUUAGUGAUUUCAAUGGGCGAUCUGGUCUUCGUGCUUUUCGAAUUAGCCAUGUGAUGCACUUCAUGUGAUAUCUUAGCACAUGUGACCACUUUCUUUUCAUGACCAACAAUCAGUAAAAAUAGAAAAGCAGGUUGAGGGAUAUUAGCCUUAGAGGCUUAGGCAGUCACGCAAUUGUUCAGAGUGGCCUCUGCAUGUAUUGUAAGGUAUUUUCCAAGUCCAGACCUUCAGGUAACACCAAUGUUGUCCUAAUAGGAGUCAACAUUUUUUACAUCUUUCGUCAAAAAUACACAUAUUUUUGUCAGUCUGACACCUGCCUUUAUUGUUCUCUAUUGACUGAGUUAGUCUGAUGAUGUUACCUUGUCUAACCUUGACCAAAACAGGAUUUGAAUCCUUAAAUACGUAAAUAUUCAAAGGUUUUGUCAUGGCUUUACAAAGGCUUAAAUGUAACUCUUAACCUUCCUCAUUUUGUCACGGGACCUCUGAAUAUGCUAAUAUGGCACCACCUGUGUGGCCGGGGGGGGGGGGGGGGUUCUGUUUUUUCAUGCUGGCAUUCCUUUUAUGGUAGAUAUAAUCAGCCACAGCACUUGAUUUUCAAUGGAUAAUUAGGCAGAGUCAAAGGAGAUUCUUUGAGCUGCUAAUUAUCUUCUUACCAAAGUCUUCACCAUUGCCAGUUUAACAGAACUCUUACUGGCCUCUUUACAAUGAUACUAAUACGAUCAAAUUAGUUAAUGACAGCCCCCCUCAAAAAUGUAACUUCAAAUCAAAAUUAAAUUAUUAUUUUCCUGUUAUUGCAACUUGAAUGGUUUUAUUCAGAACCACUUUAAACAGAUCAUCAAUGUUUAGGGUAAAACAUUUUUUAAAUACACAUAGUGAAGAUUAGUGCUGAAGGAAUUCAAGGAACCCUGCAGCUGCUGGGGAACUCCGUUUCUGGAGAGACCAUUCAGGCUUUAUUUUCUUCUUCUUUUGUUUAAUGCUGUCUCAACGUCUUGCAGUCAAACUACAAAAGGUUGUUUUCACACUGCAAACAAACCAAACCACGGCUUAGUUUGAUCCAGACCGAGACCACCUCUUAUGGUUGGACAGAAACUGAAGGUCAGCACCAAAUAAGCAUCAUUACAAUGACAGUUGACAGUCAAUCAAACAUUUCAUUACUUGAACAUUUUACAGAUCAAUCUUUUACAAAAGAAAAUCUUUAUAAUCAUCAUUUUUUUGAUGUUUUUCAUCCGUUUGGGGUUGUUGAUCUUCUUUCAUCUCAGGUCUGGGUGAUAUGACGUUUGCAGUGGUAGAGUGAGACAGUGAUGGUUCAUCUGUGGCUUCUCCCAUGUAGAUUUUUCUUGGUGGACUGAAUAAGCUCUUUUUCCAAACAUCCAUCUGGGCUAUUAAAGUUGACAUAUUGGGAGAAGCAAUUGAAAUCACACCACAGCUAAAUACGAAGGUAUCAAAUGCUACAGACAAGCAAUGUUCUUGUUUCCUCGUGUUCCUCGACAAUGCUGGAUCAUGGAGACAAACUGUGAUAGAGACAUAAACUUUGUGUUGAACAACAAGCCCUCCACUAUAAGCUACAAAAUGUCUUGCUGCAAUAAUGGCCGUCUGCUUGGACGAGAAGUUUCAUUUUCAAAUGGGUGUAAAUGCUGUCCACAGUGAACCAUGGGCAGAGCGUUGAAGUUUGUUUAUGAACACUACAGAUUUAUCAUAUUAUUCAUAUUCGAUGUAUUUUUUUAAAUGAUUACUGCAGGAGGAAGGGUUUGCAUCACAGUCAAAAUCUCUUGUAGUAGAAACUGAGAUUAGGUCACUAAUUAUUUACUGUUUGAGAUAUCAUGUAACAAAAAAGCAUUUCUUUAACCAGCUUCAGUGUCUGUCAUGUAAUCACAGAUGUAUAUAUUACAGCGUAAGGUGAAAUGUAAAUGUUAAUCCAAUAUUUGUCAUGUUGUUUGCAUACAAUUCAAAAGAAAAUGAUUUUAACUUUUAACAGUGGUGCUUGUGAAAUCAUGGAUAUGAUUUGUUUUUUCUUUCUCAGGUUCUUUGUUUUCUGAACAUUUUCUGUGUCAUUAAUGAGGACGCAAAAGGAUCUAAAAGACGGCCCAGAAAAAGACUGUGAUAGCAACUUCCUUUUCAUCAGCAUAAACUCUUGAAUAAUCCUAUAAUUUUGAAGGAAUGUUUUUGUACGUACCUUGCACUAUUAAAAUGUAUUGCUUU